AUGGCCAACCUAGCGCAAGCCAAGGUGAGCCUGCAGAAAAAACUCAACCGAGCGGAGGCUCGACUGCUCGAGUACCUCAAGCCCACAGAAGACAUCUGCGCGGACGAUCCCGUGGCCAAUACCAUCUACUCCGGCGUUGACGAUCUCUUUGCCGCUGGGCAGCUUGAAGAGAAGGCCGGCGAGCUCAUGGACUCGAUCUUCGACCUGUACAUCAAGAAGAAGACGAUGAAGCCCGAGGUCGAGAAGGCAGCCCGAGAAGAGUACAAGGCAACGUCGGCGACGUUCACAAAGCACGUCGUCGAGCAGGUCAAGCAGCAAGCGCUCGUAUUCAAAGGCGACGCCAAGCAAGUACGCUACAGCCGGGACGUGCUGCGCCUUGCACUGUCGCUCACCCCAAAAGCGCGGUCGGAUCUCAGAGCCAGCGGUCUCAUUCAAAUUCCCUCCAACGCGACAUUGGCUCGUUACCGCAAGGCGCACAGUGUCAAGUCUGGCAGUUGUCGUGUGAUGUACACGCGCGCCAACGAAGCGUACGCCGCGUACCAGGAAAAGCGAGACCCAAAUUUCGACCGCAGCAAGCCCGUGGCCGUCUCGCUCAUGCACGACGAGUGCAAGCUGACAGCGUCCAACAUUUACAUCAACACGAAGGACAACUCGAUUGUGGGCUUUGUUGACGAUGAGGUCGGCGACCUCGAGUCGCUGGCCGAUAUUUUUUUCGAGGAGACGCCGGUCAAGAAGGACCCCGAGGUCGCCCAAGUGGUCAACCAGUGGAAGAUGCGCAGCGUUUACUCCAACUUCACGUACCUUGUGGAGUUCUUUGUCAGCUCCAAGGAGUUCAACGCGCAAGAGUUUCUCGCGCAGUUCAUGCACGUCCUCCUCGGUGCCGAGCAGGCUCGUUUUGAGAUCAUCUGGAUUGUCUCGGACUCGGGAUCCGCCAACAUGGCGCUUUUCAAACACUUGAGCUCGCUCGGCCACAAAGCCGCACCCCAAGCUGCUGCAUUGCGUGCUCGAAAGCCCAAACCCGCAGAACCAAACGACGAGUCGUGGCUGGACGAGCAAUUCGUCUCAUUCGGCCAUCCGCUCGAUCCCGACCGCAAGAUCUUUCUUUGCCCGUGCUGGACGCACUUGUUCAAGAGCUUGCGCAACCUCUUGGAGAACAAGAAGAGACACCUUGUCAACACGUCCGAGAUCACUUGGGGCGUACUCGUGGAUGCGCUGGCGCGAGACGAUGACCGCCGGGCCAAGGGUCUUGUCGGUGACACAAGACUCAUCAAGGAUGCGGUGCAACCUGACGGAUGGAGCAAGAUGGACGUGUCGUUGGCAAAGCGGGUGUUCGACAUCAAGACCAUCACGGAGAUCAUAUGCUACGCCAAGGGUGUCAUCGAGAGUGGUCCCUCGUCCCCCAAGAUCGUUUUUUGCGACGAAGCCUCUUUGGCGAGCCCCGGAAGCCGCCUUGCGUCGACCAACUGCGGCCCAAAACCGUGGGACACUACGAUCGGUCGGGUCUUGCGUAAUGUGCGCAUCCUGCUUCAGUACGACUGGCCAUCGGACGCUCGCGACCCUCGCCCAACCUUGGAGCUCAUGGCCGUCAUACACGAGCUCACAUCUGCUUUUAUGCUCGACACGACCCAACGCAUCCAUGCCGAGAACGUCGAAGCAGUGUCGCAGUUCUUCCAGCAUCGCCUUGCAUACUUCCACGAGUGGAAGAAACUUGUCGACGAGCGCAAUCUGGCGGGCGAUCCAACGUGGGACAAGCAAUUCAUGUCGAAGAUCACGUACUUGAACUUGCGCCUGGCAUGUCGAGCACCGGUGGCCAUUGUCGAGUACCUCGUUGCGCGCGGUGGCCCUCACGGCUACUCACCCGUGACAGACUUCAACCAGAGCUCCAUCGAGGCUUCAUUUUCGGGUCUGCGGCGUCUGUACCCGAGCGACCUCACGAUAGCAAACUACUCUCGGGGCGUCGCUGCAUCCAGUCUCGCCAAGAUCGACAGCUUGUACGGCAACAAGAUGUACUCUGCGUCGGACAUGGCCGAGGAGACAACUGGCGAUUUCGUGUACAAGCCGUAUGAAGUUCAAAAGAAGGAAGACGACGAGUUUGUCCAGAAGAUGCUCAAAGCCAGUAAGGCCCCGCGUCAACCCGUGCUGGAGUGCCCAUCCUUCGAAGUCGUCCUCGCCAACGUCGGCGAACGCCACUUUGCAGACAUGGCGCGGCAAUUCAUUGUGCGCGAAGCCCGCCCGUCCCUCAUGAGCUCGCAGCGCACGCAGUCGAAGUGGCGAGAGUACCUACUUUCCUCGCGCCAGAUGCCCAGCGCUGCGUGGUUCGAGGACGUGAUGAGCUUGACAACCGAGGAGCUCGAAGCGUGGGACAAGACGCUGCUCGCCGUGGUUCAAAUGGCAUUCGGUGCCCUUGCUUCGUACGUCGAUGCUGCCCUCAAGACCGCUCCGUCGCGUACACUGCUAUCACUGGAUGCAUAUGUGCUCGAGCUCUACCCCGGCUACUCGACCAAACUCGGAGCCGCCUUUGCUCUCGCCCCUGAAAAGGUUUGGGGCACUCCCGUGGUCCAAACGAUUGUUCUCGACUGCGUCGUUCGGCGCAUGCGCGAAUGGAAUUUGCGGCUCGUUCACGGAUUUGUCGGCUUCGCGCUCAGAAGUGCUCUCAACCGACGAUCAGAAGAGGUGGGGUCACUCCAACACCGCUGCUUGCUCGAAAUGCGCGUGCUCGCGCACGACAUCAAGGACAAGACGUAUAUGUCGAGCUACAUCGGCACUCUCAACGAAGGCGGCUUAGCAUUCCUCAACCCCGAGCUCAUUGACUGGGCCACAGCUUUGAUCCAGCUCGCGAGAGAGAGCGAGGACCUGCGCAGCAAGUUCAAUGCAGCGUGGAGUCGUCUUUUUGAGCCCAGCUCCAACCUCGACGCAUCGCGCAGCGCGAUGCCCUUUGCCAAGAGCUCGGCCGCCGGGCCGGUCACGGUGUGCGCGAUGCGCUCCGUGAAGACCUCGAGCGCACUGUGA